GGAAAAAUAUUAUUUAAAGUUCUAAACUACAGAAGAAGAAAUACCUAACAACAAGUGAAAUAUUCAAACAGAAGAAACAAAAUCAGUGAUCGUCUCGCAAAAGAGAGAAGAAGUAAACAAGUGAAGAAGAUUAAAGGAAAAAAAGUGGAAAGAGAAGAAAAUACGCUUGGAAAAGAUCGCGUGUGGUGAAUUUUCCACUUUCGUAUUUUUUUGUUUUUUUUUUCUGCUUUCGAAUUUGGGAAGAAGAAAAACAAACACGUUCGAAAAUGUGUGUCUGUAGGAUCGUGUGCGUAACGUGAAAAAACACACUCAUCAUCGUCUGUGAAAGUAAGUGAGAACCAUCAGAUCAAGUGCAACAGCAAAACGUUAGUAGGGGUGACGAAAAAAAAAAGAAGGUGGCAGGAAGGGCCAGGGGUCGGUUGCAAAUGUUUACUCAAAAUCUGUACUCCAAGCAUUAAAUCGUCUAAUUUCGGUUCGAGGUCACCGACCUUAUUUCGAGCCACCCCCUCGCAAAACCCGGCACUCAUCGUUCAUCACCGCGUACCAGCGAAACCAAUCCAUCUCGAAACCACGCCGCAGCAUCCCCAUCAUCACACAAAGUGAUGAUCAACGAAAGUUGCCACCUUCCAAAAUAAACCUUAGACAUAGAUCUUACGCGCGGUUGGAAAAGCCGCUUUUCCGACUGAACUUGCUGUUGUUGUUGUUGUGAUUGCGCUGUUUUGAGAGCAAAUUAUGAUUCGCGAACGUGGCUACCGUUACUCGGCCCAAGUGGCGUUCCCGAGAUACAGAGACUGCGAUGAAGAGUCGGUUUGUUUUUGUUUGUGAAUGAACGCCUGAACUGGAGCGGCUGGGAUAGACGGAACGGAAGCGGGUGGAUCAGGCGGAAGAUGUGGCCCCGGAACCGCCAAUCUACCGAGACCUGUGAAAAUGAGCGUUCCAUCACCGCCACCGACAUCGUCGUCAGUUGGGCUAAAUUUAGACAACGGCAUAAAUUAUGUAAAGUGUGCUACGGCCGACAGCGGCACCGGUGCCACAAAUAACCCGUCUGCUGUUCCGUGGCCAGAACCCAGAACCGGUAGCAGCAGCAGAAGCAGUAGCAGAAGCAGUAUUAGCAUAAGUGGUCCCACCAGUGUUGACGAUCCGCAGCAACAAGCCCCCGCCGGGAGUCCCCAAAGUGGACCACGGCGGCCAAAGUCCGGCGGCUGGAUGUGGCAGCGGUGGGUCAACCCGUUGCCGUCCUUGGUGUCCUCCCUUGCCCUCGCAGUGUCCCCUUUCCAGCGACGAACCAACGAUGGCGGCGGCACCAGUGUUGCCAGCAGCAGCAGUGCAAAUCGGUUUAAAAGUGCGGAAGAGGAUGGCGUCCGAAAGGGACGCCACCGAAGAAGUAAUCGUGAGGUGACACCCUGUGCGUGUGACGCCGGCGGUGGCGUGAAGAAACAAGAUGAAGAAGAAAGGCAAGAUUGGCCACCGGUUUCGCGGUGGCGCCACCGAAGUGGCGGAAUCGACGUGAAGCUGGUGCUGGCCAUUACGGUGCUAAUUGGCGUUAUUGAUUACUCGGAAGCCGGAACCUGCUGGCUGCGGCGGAUGGAGAGCACCGGCAAGUGCAACAAGUUGUUCGCGCGGAACGUCACCCGGGACAGCUGCUGCCACGCGGGGGCCGGGCUCGGGUUCAGCGAGCGCGACAUCACCGACGUGCAGAUCUUCUUCGUGAACGCGUUCAACGACGCCAUGGACUGUGGGUCCUGUAUCGAUAGCUGUGACCGGGCCAAGUGCGGUCCCAACAAGCGCUGCGUCAUGAAGAAGGGCCGCCCCAAGUGCAUCUGCGCCCCGAACUGCAAGGCUCCGAAGCAGAUGAAGCAUCACCAUCCGCAGCAUCAGCAGCACUUUCCGGACCAGAAGAUCAAGGUGAUCAACUUGAGUGAGAGCCAACGAAACCGCGGACAGUAUUUUACCCCCUCGAUCCAGCUGGCUGGAGGUUCCCGAUCGAGCAAUAGCAACAACAAGCGCAGCAUCCGGUUGUUGGACGAAGAUCCGACCAGGUCGGCGUCACGGACUGUAAAAACUAGCCUAAGUGAGAAACCGUCAAGCCAAAGAAGUAGUACCAGUAAGCUAGCAACAACCACCUCUAGGCGUAAGGAUAAUUUAUUGGAAUCUGUGACAUUAGUUGAUAGCAGCAGCAGUCGGAGUUCAACUCCGCGGCCAACGGACCGGACGGUCCUGACAACGGCCUCCGCCAACGUACGGCACCGGAAUCGGAAGACUGCCGUGAACCGGACACUGGCGGCGGUGACGGAAGUUCACCGAGGAACGCACAGCCGAGACUUUGGCAGGCCAAGGUUACUCCGGCUGACGAAGGAAAACGGGACGAAACCCGCCGGAUCGAGGGUUCCCCGGGAGCCCCAGUACAGGGAGGACAUGUUCUACGUGGGAGCUGUACCGCAGGUUCGACGAAGCCGGAUGCGUGGCGUCGAGCCGGACUUUGGGAACGAAAUUGUGCCCCACACCGGGUUCUACAAUCCGGUCUGCGGCACCGAUGGAAAAACGUACAAAACCGAGUGCCAGCUGAAGAAGAGGGCCUGCCGGCAGGAGAGCACCACCUUGGCGGUGGCGUACAAGGGACACUGUCAGACAUCCUGCCGCUUCGUCCAGUGCCCGGACGGGAAGCACUGCGUCGAGGACCAGAACGCGACGCCCCACUGCGUGACCUGCGUCCGGGACUGUCCCACCGUGGAUCCGUGGGUGUCGCCCAAGUCGCUGAUCUGCGGCACCGACGGCGUCACCUACCGGAGCGUUUGUGAGUUAAAGCGAAAGGCCUGCCUCACCGGGCGGGCCAUUCCGGUGGCGUACCGGGGCCGGUGCAUCGAGGCCGCCACAUGCGAAACCAUCAAGUGCAAGGACCGGCAGCACUGCCUGACCGACCUCAGCACCCACAAGCCGCGCUGUGUGAGCUGCAGCUACAAGUGUCCUCGGGCCAAGCGGCAGCAGCAACAGCCCCGACAGUUUGGCGGUAGCCACCAGCACCGGAACCAGCAGCAGCCGCUGCCCCCAAAUGUCAAACUGUGCGGCACCAACAACCACACCUACCACUCGUGGUGUCACAUGCAGCGAGAUUCCUGCAACACUGGCUUCUACAUCGACGUGCAGCACAGCGGUGUUUGCAGUUUCGAGAGAAGCCACUCGACACCUGCUAUUCUGAGCCAUUCUCCGGCGAUCAACGUCAAACCGUAGCACAGAAGGACACAGCCAAAGCUAGGAUAUUUAGGAAAAUUCAACAGCAUGGUUUGGCAAAUGUUGUCCUAGAUUUGGUUUUUCGAUGAGCAAAAAAUAACGUUAAACUUAUACCAAAAAUUUGACCGUAGUGCACAUUUCAAAGACUUUGUAAAAAAAAGAAACGCGACCAUAGCAGUUUUAUAUGGGGCGCGUAGUAUGAUAACAGUUUAUUCACAUUGUUGUAAAAUAUUGCAGUUUAAGCACUUGUAGAAAUGAUUUGUAAAAAUUGGAACUAUCGAAAAUUAAUUUAUUUAUUUGUACCACAUAGAGCACAAUCUAUUUAUAGACAAACAACACUCACACACUCAGUCACAUUUACCCACCCCGCAGACAUUCAUAUUUCCAUCGAAUUAUUUAUUGCCUUGUAAAUUAGAACAUUGCUAUAUUGUAGUGAAAGUGUUGUGUUUACUUCGUAAACUAUUUAUUCGUUAUUUUUUGUACUGGAAAACACUAUUUAUUCAUCUGUAAGAUUUCUAAACGAACCAAAAACUAACUUUUAGUAACUUAAGACAAAUGUUGCAUCUAUGUGAGAAAAUAUCCAAAUUUAGAAAUCGUCAAACAAACGAAAAACACUUAAUAAAAGUGGUGCUGUCCUUUUAUCUAAUCACUAGUAAAAGUUUAGAGAAAUACCGUAACAAAUCCAUCAAAAUCUGAUACAAAAUUGUGGCAACAUAUGGAUACCAGACAAAUAGUAUGCACUGAACAGAAAUACAAGUUUCAAUCUGUAGCCUGAAUACCUUCUUCAAAAGAAACCACUUAUAAUAAAUCAAUCGGUUAUUCGUUUACACGCGUUUAGAAGAUGUAUAAAGUAUGAGUAGUGAAUCGAGGUAAAACAAACAAAUAACUUAAUCAAGCAAAGUAAUGUAUUAAAAAUUGACUGAUUUUAACAACAACAAAAACAAACACAAAUAACACAAACAAGUAUGCGAUGCAAGUACCACAAGCAAAGCAUGUCGAGUUGGAAACAAAUUUUAGAAUGUAAAUUUAACUUUUUAAUAGUGAAAUUGUAUUUACUUUCCCUACAAAGUAAACUGUGUAGGAUGCAACUUGACUAGUAAAGAUUACAACACAAAUAAAUCUAUGACAUAAAAAAUACAAUCAAUUCAAGCAGGAAUGUAAUUCAAACAUCCACUAAAUACACACAAACAAAACCAACAAACCAAACUGUUUCUCGAUGGUUCUCAAAAAGUACGUUUUUCGAUGUUUACAAAAUUUCAUCAAACCAAAAUAAACACAAAAAGUUACAGAAUUAACCUACAUGCGAACAAGAAAAAAAAUCAAUGUAUACACAAUAAACCAACAUCCGUUUAGCGGAUUCGUUCGGAGUAGUUCAAAAGUUAUAAACAAAAAAAUAAUUACAAAUUAACAAAAUUUAAGCAGCUCACAAAUGUCCCGUUCUAGGAAAUUGUUCCACAGAACCCCACUCUGUGUCGUGGCAGAGACAACGAUUGGAAAAAGGUCGACGUAAAAGUAAUGAAACAAACGAACGAAAAGUAGUGAAAAUAAAUGUUUAUUCAUGUUGAUUCAAAUAG